UCCAAUUAAUUCUUACCCACAAGGGUUGGAGCAAGAUAUUCUUCCCUUCCGACUCUGGUCAGAUUCGGAAUAUAAUCAAGAAAAAUGGGACAACAAAGCAAAGGAUAAAGGAAAAUCACCUAGGGAAGGUUCUUGCGUAGUUUCCCUGUUCGAGGAUCCACAGAAUGUCAUGCUACCUCCCAGUAUAACAUCAGAAAUUUGUGUAUGGAAACGACCACCACAAGUAUUCUACGACAAACCUACAUUUAUAACAUUGGAUCUUCCCGAAUAUGCAAAUUUAAUACCAGGAAGUCGACAUAUUUUGCAUAGUGAAUUUAUAAGGAAUUUUAUUUCAGCAGUUAAUAUGUUAGAAUAUUUGGGGAAUAAAAAUGCUUUUAAAAUAGAAGGUGUGUCGGCGAUAUACACGCCGACUACCGAAAAUGAAUGUUGGAGACCCUGGCAUCAUGUGUACUCAACAGGAAAGGCUGGAAAAAAUCAAACCCACAAGCCACAAAUUAAUCAAUUAGGUAAAUACGUGGUGAGGUUAUUUUGGAUGGGAGCAUGGAGAAAAAUCUACGUCGAUGAUAAAUUACCUUUAAAUAAGGACGGUCAAAUUUUGCUUCCAUCUUAUGUGCUACCUAAAAUUGAACCACCUCCACCUCCCCCUAAAAUAAUCCCUACAAGUGCCGGUAAGAAAAAAGGAAAGGAUAAAAAGGGAGGAAAAGGAAGUGACAAAGCUAGUAAAAAAAGUAAAGACAGCAAGAAGAGUAAAGAAAGCAAGAAAAGCAAAGGUAGUAAAAAAAGUAAGGGAAGUAAAAAAAGUAAGGGCAGCCAGAAGUCGGAUAUUGUUGAUCCUAAAGAAGCAAUACAAAUGUGGCCAUUUUUAUUAGCUAAAGCAUUGUUUAAAGUAGCUAGUCUGACAUGGACGAAAAGUAAUGAGCUUGUAGAUUUUGAUAUUGUUCAGUGCCUUACAGGCUGGUGUCCCUUUAAACUUAAUACUAAAGAACUAAGUGUUUUAGAAAUUUGGGACGUUUGUAAAUCAUACAGUCGAAAAUACGAAUGGUUAAGUGAUGGGAAAAGGCCAGGAUCAGGGUCAUCCAAAUCAUCCAGCAAAAAAUCGGGCAAAUCAAAAAAAUCAGACAAAUCCAGCAAAAAAUCAGACAAAUCUAGCAAGAAGUCGGGAAAAUCAGAUAAAUCUAGUAAGAAAUCCAAAGGGGGUAAGAAAAAGGGAGCAACUGAAGAAGAGGAAAUAGAUGAUGGAAUUCUUUGGCAUCACGUUGCUGCACGUUGUAAUGAUUUAAGGAAGCUCAAUAAUGAUCAAGUAAUGGAUAUCUCCCCGUGUUGGUCCCAUUUUUUGUUAAUUGAUGAAACAAGAGAUAUUCCUAUGAUUGAACCUGAACCAUGGCCAGAACUACCACUCUGGAAAACAUUUAGAUGGACAGAUUGGGCACAAAAAGAAGGUAUACUACCUCUUAAAGUUGAUAUGGAUAAUAUUAGAUGCUUACGCGUGGUAAGCACUUUUAGAAAAGAUGGAUUACAGCUUUUGCCCAGUAGAUUGUCUCUUGAACUCACCACUAAAAUUGAAACAGUCAAAAAAGAAGACAGCAAGAAAGGAAAGAAAAAAGGAAAGAAGGAUAAGAAAAAGAAAGCUAAAACUGAAGUCGUUAUACCUGAUCCCAGCAUUUGGCUCGAUCACCAACAACUUUGCGAACAAAUAAACACGGUAGCCAUAUAUUAUAAGCCAAACAAGUUUCCAAGAAAAUGUGUCAUAAGUGAUUUAGCAGAUCCAUCUGUAAAGUCGAAUGCUCCAAUAAAAGGAAAACCGAAGCCCGAAUUAAAGUAUAUAACAUACAAUAAUUCUCAAUGCAGCUUUGGAGCUGAAUGCUUGUAUGGUUUCGUUGAUAGUCUGGACACGAAGUAUUUCGUAUUUAAUUUAACUCUUGUUGGUAACCCAAAGAUUUUAAACAAACGAAAUGUAGAAGUGGAGAAAGUUGAAGAGCCAUCUACGGACAUAGACGAGUGUUAUCAGUUGAUUUUGCGAUGGAAAAAGUCGAGUGAAGAACAAUUCACCUGCGAUAAGAUAAUUAAUGAAGAAAUUAAAUCGAAUAACAAUCGAGCGUAUCUCGUCGUGGAGAAAUACAAUUGGCAAAAGGAAGAAAUUGGAUCUUGUUUACUUUCACUCAAAACGGUUGGUUCAAAAAGUGCUGUUUUGGAAUUGCCCAAGGGAAGACACACAUUUCGUUUGUGGAUUAGGUCUGAUACGCCGUAUGUAUGUAAUGUCCUUUGCGACACACCAUUUACACUUGGUACCAGCGAAGAAGUGCUGGUGGCCAUGCUAUCGGAAGCUCAGACGUUUCACAAGUUUAUCAUAGACUUUUGUAGCAAUUACGGUAAAUUGGUGCAAGCCUUUGGAAGGCCAGAAUUCCGCGAUCAAAAAUGGGCUUUUCAUCGCACCUAUAUUAGUCAAUGUUUACCCAAAAACGAGAAACUACAUGUCCACGAAUUUAUGUUCAAUACCUUGAUAAAAGAGGUAGUGAACUACAUGGAAAAAUCACAACACAAAAAUUUAAUAAGAGCUUUACAUAUUUUCUUCAGAAGAAUUUACUUUGAUCCCGAUUAUAGAAUAUGUAAAACUCUUGACAAGUUUUCAGAUGUAGAUGUAAAAUUCUACAAGUUACUGGAAAGAAGUUCCGUAAAAAUACAAGCAAUUUUUAAGGGAAUUUAUGUUCGAUCAAUUCUUAAUAGACACCGGCCAGAGCACCCCGAACAUCUUACAAUAUUCGAACUGUGUAAAAAAGUUUACACAUCACUAAUGUCCAGUAAGAGCCGAAUGAAUAUAGGUCCACAAAUUUUUAGAAGAUUUUUGUUCAGUGAAGAGAUGAACGACAUAUUUAAAAAGUACGAAAUUUAUGAAGAUAUGCAAUCAGUGGUGACAAUAAUUGAUUUCAAAGGACACCAGUUAAUUAAUGAAAACGGAUGGGCAAUUGUGUGUCGACAUGUGUUUUACAUUAAUUGCCCCGUUGCUGUUCCAAUUAAAAUUCAAUUUUAUAUAAAAAAUUGCAGUUAUAUGGUUCGUGUCUUUGACAACGAUACAUUCAAUGAACUAAGUGCAGCGACGUGCAAUGUACUUCCAGCUACUUAUGAUGUCAACAGAUCAGGAUACACGGUUGUGUGUUAUGGAUAUUCGAAAACAGAAUUCAACUAUCCCUGGAGGCUUAUGCUCGUCACGUUAAAAACCCAAUAUGAAAACAAAAUUUUGAUACAACCUAGGCCAUUACAAAUUCAAAAAAUAGUAGAAAAUUAUAUACCAUCGAAUAGUCAUACCUUGUUCCACUGUAUGAUUUGUAUUCAAACAUCAAGUGUUGUCAGUUUUAGACUAGUUAGUUCCCAUGAAAGGGCAUGUAUGUCUUUAACGUUGCGUUACAAGAAGCGAAUAUUAAAAAAAGUUAAUGGAAUUGGAAAAGUAUUGAUACCAAGUUUCAUUUUGGUACACGAAGAUUCUGAUUCAAUGUCAGAUUCGCAGUAUUCAAAUAAACGAAGGAAAAGUAAAAUUUCAACGGGAACGCUUAAAAAAGGUUCAGAAAAGGCAAGUCGGGUAUCUGGAACAAGUAUACAGAAAGUUGUCUUCAAGUCUGAGAGACAAGGGGACAAAACGGGACCCGAAACGAUUUAUUUAUUAGAAGCCAAAGUUAAAAAAGGUAGUUGGCCUCUCUCUCUUGAGGAGUGGGACAUGGUGGAAACCAUUAAGAAAAGUCAAUUAAUAGCCGUUGAAGAUAGUUUGACGAAGAGACACAAAAAGCCAAACUCCAAAUUUCUUAUGGAACUUGAACGCCCCUUUUGGUAUUUAGAGUUGAUACACAACGAAGGUGAUCAAAUUCGCCUCUUUUUAGACAAAUCUGCGGAAGACAAACGCAAGUCAGUCAAGGAAUCAUGGUGGAAAAAUGACCCAGACAGGAUCAAGAAAGCAGCAGUAGCAAGAACGGACUUUAUUCACAAAGUGUUAGUUGAUACGGAAAUUGAACUGGAGUCUAUCGAUAUAAAUCUUCAUAAUUUAGAGACAUAUUCAGAUAGUUUAUUGACUUUACACAAAUUGCAAAUGGAGAUUGCUGAAAAAUAUAUGCUGACAGAAACAUCAUUUAGCAAGUACGCUUCUAUGUUGCCUCUAGUGGGGAGCCAGGAAGACGAUGACGAAGAAGGACUUUUUUUAAAUAAUCCGUUACAAAUCGCAAAUAUUUUUCCACCAUUUGACAUGGAUAAAUAUAAAGAACUUGUUGGAAAUGAAGAUGACGUAAUUGAUCCCCCGGUGGUCAACGAAAAAGAUUUACUGGCUGAAGAAGAAGAACGUUUAAGAAAGUUGGAGGAGUUUGCGCAGAACCAAGAAAACUUUUUGGAAAAAGAAAGACAAAUGUACGAAGAUCACAAAACUAAUUUAAAAAUAUUUAGGAACUGGUUUUCUGACGAAAUACGCGGGGAGUCUGCUGAAAUGAUAACGGAAUCAUAUCAAGAGAGGCAAAAGUAUAUAGACGAUACAGUAAAGAAAAUUAAGUGGCAAAGGGAACUACAAAAAGAGAGAGAUGCAGCUGAAGCUGCAAAAAAUAAAAAACCGAAAGGUGGAAAAAAAGACGACAAAAAGAAGAAGAAAAAAUGAAUUCUAUGACAAAUUAUUAAUAUUUAUAUUUAUUAUUAAGUUAUUAUAUUUACUUAUUUUUACGAAUAAAAUAUUUUAGAUUCAAA